AUGCAUCUCCGGACGUCGAAGUCUUGGUGCUCGGGCGCGGGCGGGCGGCUGGCGCGACUGCCGCCGCCGCCGCCGCCGCCGCCCCGGGUGGUGCCCGGAGGAGCCUUCGUCGGCUUCGACCCCGCCGGCGGGGGCGAGGGCGAAUCCCGGGCCGCUCGCGACCGCGCCGCCAGGAGGCAGCGCAUCGAAGAGGACCUCGCGCGCCGCCUCGACUUCCAGAAGAGGAGGUUCAGGCUGAUGCACCCGAUGCUCCCGGCGAAGGGCCGUCCCCCGGCGGAGACGGAGCGGGCAGCCACGUGCCUGGAGGAGAUCACGGGGCGGCCGCUGGAAGGCCCGGUCGAGCAGUGGGAGCUGUUCGCGUACAGACCGCCGUCGCCGGAGUUCGCGCCGGCCUACAUCGCCGUGGACGCUUCAACGCAGGUGGAGCCCGGAGACCUGUACGACUACGACGUGGAGGCGGCUCCCCUGCUGGCGCUGCUGGCGGGCUCCGCGGCGCUGCGGGCCAUGGACGAGGUGGUCUGGGAGGAGGAGCAGGACGGCGAGAGGCGCCGCAGGUCGGCGUGGUGCCAGGCCUGCUGCCGGGAGCGCGGCGAGGCGCAGCGGCUGCAGGAGCAGGAGCGGCGCCUGGCCGAGGAGGCGCAGCGCCGCGUGGGGCAGUACCCGGCCGCGCUGGAGGCCGCCGCGGCGAGGGAGGCGGCGGCGGCCGAGGCCACGGUGUCCCGGGGCGCCGUCUCCCGCGCGGACCCGCCGGGCUUCGAGCCGCCCGGCUGCCGCGACACGGACCCUCCCUGGGAGCUGGCCCCCGGCGGGCUGGACGGGGAGAUCCUGGAAGACGUCGUCAGGCAGGUCGUGGACGAGCGACGCCGAGGGUACGUGCAGCCCGCUCCACCCCAGGCACACGACCCCGCUGCACCUAAAUCAUCUGCCUGUCGUUUGUGA